AUGCGUACCUCUAGCUUUGUUGCUGGCUUGUGCUUGAGCCUCGUACAAUGCUGCUAUGGCACUCCGCUGUCCGUUGAACGAUCUGAGUUAGCUACGACAGCCUCCGCUCUCCCUUUCAACACCACAUACGUCUUCUCCGUCGCUAUAGGACUUGGACAACCACCAAGCACUCUCACGCAGAAACCGAUCACCAUCCCCGGCGGCGUGGUCGUCCCCGAACCCAUCCUCAACGGCACCGUCAGUGGCCCUGCUUUCAAUGGCACCAUCCUCUCAGGACUAGCGACUCCCGCGAUAUACGAGAACCAGACUCUCCAAGUGGUCACCAUCGAUCUGUACGGUGUCUCUUCCGACGGCUACCCAUUCCGCAUACAUGAGACUGGAAUUGGAAGCAUCUCCACGCAGAUCACACACAUCGAAAUCGAGAUUGGCGGUGGUGACAAGUACAAAAAGCUUCGGAAUGGCUUUGUCAUGGCCACAGUGAACGCAGCCACAGACCGCAAGUCUGUAAGCGUGAUGGGUUAUCUGGUACAAAAUCACCGCACAUAG